AUGAUAUCAAACGGAUCAAAAAAUCUGGAGGGCCAAGUCCUACCCUUGGAACCGAAAGAUCAGGUGAAACCCGUUGAUGACAUCCGGUCUUUACUGUUCUUCAUUAUACGGCAGUCAUUGAACGAGGAAAUUCUGCGGACCUCUCUCGAUCAUCUGAUUCGGAAUCAUCUUCCCAUUCUUGGGGCACGAAUACGCCCAAUUGAAAAGAAUGGAGGUUUGGCGUACCAUUUUCCAGAUCUUUCCACCAACCAACCUUUAUUCGGGUGGUCGAGCUGCUCUGUCGAUACAACCCUUGCAGCAAGCCAACUUCUGCCUUCAGGAGACCUGCCCGAAGAUGCUGUCACAUGGGGUCGGCCGAUAAUGGACUUGGAGGACGAAUGGACACCGAUAGGUUGGCCGAAAAUGCGUCAUGAUGAUGGCCCCAACACACCAACCCUCUUGGUUCAUCUUACACACUACAAAGAUGGCACGGUUGUCAGCACCAACCUGCCGCAUGCAGUUGUGGACCAAAUGGGCUACGGAAGCUUCAUUCGAGCGUGGCUCCAAGUUGCUAACGGCGUUGAACCCGCACAAUUCAUAGAAUUAGAGCGCGGAGCUCUAGACGGCCCGAAAGACAUAUCCGAGAAAGCGUUGCGAAGAAAAGGAACGUAUAGAGUCAAAUCCUUGAGAGAUCGGAUUGGAAUUAUCGUAGGACUUGUUGCAGAACUGGCCAAACAACCAGAUGAAGUCCGUCGUCUCAUGUUCUUCCCCGAACCUCUCAUUGUCAAGUUACGCAAGAAGCACCAAGCAACAAUCACGUCAACGCAUGGUCCAGACCAUCCCCAGCUGACAAAUGGGGAUAUUUUGGUCGCUUUGCUCCUAAAGCUGGGAAAUCUGCAUCGGAAGAAGCCAAAAAUGAUGGUCCUGAGCGGAGCUGUAAAUGUCCGAAAUAGACACCCGGCACUUAGUGGGGAUAAGCCUUAUCUUCACAACGGGCUCAUAUUUAGUGCGGUGCGCUUGCCGGUCAGUCGAGAUAUUUCUGUUUGCGAAAUAGCACGCCAAAACCGCCUAGCUCUCAUCGACACGUUGAAACCCGACAACAUUGACCGGGCCUUCGCCGUAAACCGGGAAAUCUUCCGGCGCGGAUACGGUAUGCAUAUUUGUGAGCCUGGAGAGCUCAGCUAUGCCGUUUCCAACUGGUCGUCAGCAUGGUACGGUAUAGACUUUUCUGCUUUCUCUACAAAGAAAACCUCAGAAGAGUAG